AUGCCAAACAACGAAACUUUAUUAAGGGUCAAGAAGGCCAACGAAAGAUAUGCUAAGUCUCAGGACUUCUUAAAUCUUGAUGAACCACCAACCCCUCAAGAGACACCAAACAUUUCAGAAAUCAACUUACCUCAAACAUCUAACCAUGGCAAUGGUGAUGAUAAGAAGAGAGAGACAGAAGGUGGACCAUUAUUCCAUCAACGUAGGAGGUCAACUAAUUACAUGGAUGCUUUAAAUUUGAGAAGAAGCUCAAAUACCAGUAAUGAUGAAGAUUCUGCUGAAAAGGAAGCUGCAACAACUGUACAAAAUGGUGACGUUGGCGAGAAGGAUUUAAAGGAUUCUGAUAAACCUGAAAAUGAAAGCCAGGAAUGUAUACUAUCUCAUAUGAAUCUACAACAGACCAAACAUCAUUUCCAGAAUUUCCAAAUGAAUUCAGCUCAAGAUGGUUAUAACGAUUGUAGGGGUAUAGAUAUGGGUGAUUAUAUUAAAUCACAAAAUACUCAUAAUCACAAUUAUACCACAAUGACCCCUAAGGAUUCCAAGAUGCCUUCUGCUUCAUCAUCAACUACUCAAAAGGACUCGAUGCCUUGUCAAUUUGAUACAUCUCAGCUCACUGAAGAGGAAAAACAAGAUUUAAACAGGCUAAGACAGAGACAAAGAUCAUUUGAUUAUGAAGAUUUCAAGAAACACAUCUAUGAACGUUUGAAUAUGUUCAAAGAAUAG